CGGGCCGCGCCAGCCCCGGGCUGUGCCCGCCGGAGUCCGUCACCAUCGCGACCGGGCCGCGCUGGGGCGCCGGGGCUGAGGGAGGGGCCGCGGCCGCCAGGGGGCGCCGCCGCGGAAGGGGCGGCGAUCCCGGCCCAUCCCGUCUCGUCCUACCCCAUCCCAUUCCAGCCCGUCCCGUCCCGUCUCGUCCCGUCCCCUCCUGUCCGGCCCGCGCCAUGGGCAGCACCCUGCGGAAGAGCCAGGCCGUGCGGCAGGCGCCCUGCGGCGCGCCGCCGGAGCGGCGGCGCCCGGCAGGGGGAGCCCCAAAGCUUCGAGAAGGGCAGCGUGAAGCAGCAGCAGAAACUUCCCAGCCAGUUGUUUCUGCACAGGAGAAGCAAACAGGAGGUCAUGAGAGAACUUUAAAGGCACAUAAGGAAGAAGAAAAUCUUCAGAAGACAAUGGAAGUGAAUGGGCUUAUGCCGGUGCCAGAUUCCUAUGACUAUGAUCUCAUUGUCAUCGGUGGAGGCUCAGGAGGUCUGGCAGCUGCCAAGGAGGCUGCCAAAUAUGAAAAGAAAGUGAUGGUGCUGGACUUUGUCACACCUACACCUCAGGGAAGCUCGUGGGGUCUUGGAGGAACAUGUGUAAAUGUGGGCUGUAUACCUAAAAAAUUGAUGCACCAGGCAGCUUUACUGGGACAAGCCUUGCAAGAUUCACGCAAAUUUGGGUGGCAGUUUACAGAAGAAGUCAAACACAACUGGAUGACCAUGAUGGAAUCUGUUCAGAAUUACAUUGGUUCACUGAACUGGGGCUAUCGGGUUGCACUGAGAGACAAGAAGGUCACGUAUGAGAAUGCAUAUGGAGAAUUUGUCGGGCCACACACAAUUAAGGCAACAAACAAAAAGGGAGUUGAGAAGCUGUACACAGCUGAGAGAUUUAUCAUUGCCACUGGUGAACGACCACGCUACCUGGGUAUACCCGGAGACAAGGACUAUUGCAUUAGCAGUGAUGACCUUUUCUCUCUGCCUUACUGUCCUGGGAGAACCCUGGUGGUUGGAGCAUCUUAUGUUGCCUUGGAGUGUGCAGGAUUUCUUGCAGGCCUUGGAUUAGAUGUCACUGUAAUGGUGAGAUCCAUUCUCUUAAGAGGAUUUGACCAGGACAUGGCAAACAGAAUUGGUGAAUAUAUGAAAGAACAUGGAGUCAGCUUCAUUAAGGAAUUUGUGCCAAUCAAGGUGCUGCUGGCAAUUGGACGAGAUCCAUGCACAAGAAAAAUUGGUUUGGACAAAGUCGGAGUAAAUAUCAGUGAAAGAACGGGAAAAAUUCCUGUCAAUGAUGAGGAGCAGACAAAUGUUCCGUAUAUCUAUGCUGUUGGAGAUAUCCUGCAGGACAAGCUGGAACUCACACCAGUGGCAAUCCAGGCAGGAAGGUUGUUAGUUCAGAGGCUUUAUGCUGGGACAACUACUAAGUGUGACUAUGUGAAUGUUCCAACUACUGUAUUUACUCCUUUGGAGUAUGGAGCCUGUGGGUACUCUGAAGAGACCGCAGUGGAGAAAUUUGGGGAGAAAAACAUUGAGGUGUACCAUAGUCAUUUCUGGCCACUGGAGUGGACUGUGCCAUCCAGAGAUAACAACAAAUGCUAUGCAAAGAUAAUUUGCAAUAUUCAAGAUAACGAGAGAGUCAUUGGUUUCCAUGUCCUUGGUCCAAAUGCUGGAGAAGUCACCCAAGGAUUUGCAGCUGCUAUUAAAUGUGGGUUGACAAAAGAACAGCUGGACAGCACCGUAGGAAUUCAUCCUGUCUGUGCAGAGGUAUUCACAACCCUGUCUGUGACUAAGCGUUCUGGUGAAAACACCGCUGUGAGUGGAUGCUGAGGUUAAAUUCCCCCAUUCUUGCUAUUGCCAGAAACUGACUUUCAUCACAGUGUCUGACUCCUGCAAUUCAGAACAUUUUGGGAGAAGUCGCCCUUGGACACCUGCAGAAACGUGUAGAGCUUAACCUGGACAUUCCAUCAUCCUAAGGAGAAGAGCUCUGUGGGAGUUGGACACUUUUAGUGCCUGGCUGGCAAUUAGCAAUGCAAUGGGAAUCUUGACUGUUGAGUUGGUGAUUAGCAGGGCAUUUAAUAAAUGCCUUCAUGAAGUCAUAGCCUGAAGCCUGCAUUGCCUGGUGGGCAGUGAUGGAAGAACUGCUAGCACAGCCGGAAACAACUGUUUUGGUUUGGUUUUAUUCCUCUGUAUUUUCUUUCCUGAAUACUCCUUUCUAGUUCUUUCCAGAACAAAGAACUUCCCAACUCAGAAACUAAUUCCCCCAAGUUCAGGUAGUUGCAUCAGAUAAAAUAGCUCCUGCGUUCUGGGUCAUGACACAGCAAAUGCAAGGUCUCCACAUGAGCAUACAUUUUACCAGCUCACAUGCCUAUGGAGGGCAAGUUCUACUUGUUUGAUCACGAAGAAGAAAAUAGCCUUGGAAAAAAGUUUAGUACCAUGUAAAAUAAUAUAUUUCUUGCCUUCCUAACUGACUCUGUUGUGAUUUUUUUAUUUAGAGAGCCUUAUUUGUGAAAACAUUCUUCUCAGUGAGAAAGGAAAAUAAUUUAUUAAGGCCUUUUAAUACAGAAAGUUGUGUUUCUUCCCUGAAAUCAUGCAUAUAAUGCAGAUGUAAUGAUCUAUCUCUUCCUGAAGCUUAUGCGAUUAUAAUGAAUCUGAUUUGGAGCUGACACAAUUCCAAUGUUGAAUGAAUUGCCCUUCCAAGCACUCUGUGCAACUUCAUUAAAUUUGAGUAAAUUUCUUUUUUUCCAGUUCAGCUGUCAUAAGCUGCGCUGUUUCAGGUCUAAACUGGCCACUUUGAACACAAAAGUAUUGAGAUUUCCUGGAGUUUAGUGAGCCCUGAGAAUCAAAAAAAUUACACAACCGAACAACACCUCCCCAAAACAACUAUCUAAACAAACCCUCCAGCCAAACUCCAAAAACUAGUAGUGAAAAAUCUGUUGUGUAGAUAGGGUCUAAAAGUUCUAUUUAGUUCCAUGUGUGCUAUGUUUUAUAUUUAAUUAGGAAAACAAUACUUUUAAAACAGGAGUGUUAUAAGCAAAAGUUAGGUUAUGUUAAAUUAGAGCAGAGUUCAAUUAUGUUGUAUUAAUUGUGUUAUGUUAAGAGUUGGAGUUGUUAGAACGUUCUGGAGGAAGGGCCCAGGGUUUGGUGGAGGGACAGUCUGGUGGAGCAGAGCAAGGUUGAAGAAGAUUGGACGGAAGAUCUGACCAAUCAUUCGAAACCCUGCAGAAAUGAUUGGUCCAGAAUGAAUGGCGUUAAAGACCAAUCAGAAGCCUGGAAAUGGACCAAUCACUGCGCAGAUCCAAAAUCCACCAAACCUGGACUCAAAGGGGGCUAUAAAAGGGGGAAGUUCGAUUUGGCCGGGUUCUUUUUUGGAAACUUGUUUUCUGGGAAGAGUACAGUACAUUUGGGGAUAACAUACUGUUCUGGUUUUGAGUUGCUGUAUGAGUGCUCAGGCCUACUCUGGGCCCUCCGUUCCUUGUAGCUAUUUAAAUAAACGAGAACCUCUUUCUCCUGAGAAAGUUUGGCCUCAUUCAUAUUCAUAACAGAAGUUUCAGUGAAAAUACCAGAUUCUUGAAUAUCCCUCCUGUGUUGGAUAAGCUGCAUAUUUACUUGUCAAGAAAUAGCAAAAGUGGCUCUUUGUAAUGGAGGUGAAUGUAGUUUUUUGAUCUGUUUUUGCAUUUCCCCCUCUUUUAGCAGAAAGGUUUGGAUUACUUUUAUUGAAUGGUUCUUGGGAGUUCAGUAGUGCAGUGUGAACAGGAGGUGAAUUCCCCAGCCCUGUGCACAGAAUGCCUCAUGCCUAAAUUCCUACCUGGUAACAAAUUCUUGUAUUUCUACUGAGAUUUCUAAAAUAGUGUUGUAAGUUAUUUUUAUAAACCCAUACAUAACUGAAGGAUUUUUAAACAUGUUUUGUAUGGUAUCUAGAAAGGUUUGUGAUGGCAUUUUUCUGGCUAGUUUAAUAAAUAAAUUGACUGGCACAAGUA